AUGAAAAGAGCAAAGGUUAGCUCUGUGUAUGAAGGGAGAGGAAGGAAGAGAGGCAUAGAAGGAGAAGAAGAGGGGGAGGAUUCAUCAAAGAGUGCGAGAAUGAGUGCAAAGGCAAGAACAAAUGGCCUUAGGGCUAGGAAAGCUCUAUCUAUCAUUUCCAAUAACCGAACGAUAAUAACUAGGUCUAUGUCAACCAAAACAGUGGAGGAGAACGGUGAAGAAAAGGUGGUUGAGGUUGACGGAGAGGAGAAGAACAUGAAUGAUGAUAACAAAGCUUUGGAGGAGCAGCAGCCAGUCAAUGAGGUGGUGGAGAAAAAGGGAGAUGAUGAUGGAGGGCUGACCUUGGAGGACUGGCCAUUGACAUGGAGUUUUGAGGAGGAGUUGACGUGGUUCAAAGCAGGGCAUCAAUGUGGAUGGUAUUCCUAUUGGGAGACCAUGAAUGGUGAUUUCUGGAAGCCAAAAGACGACAACCAGGAGGACUUUUGGAACGAUGAGCCAUGGAACUUUGAUGGCAAAAAUGAAAUCCCAAAGCCUUAG